GCAACAUCUCAAAACUUUCCAGUUUUCUGUAAGCAAACAGUGUCGAUUAUGGUCCAGAAGGGGGCAGAUUUGAUCCUGGCGCGCUUCUUGAGUUCCCCGAAGAGCUGGAGGAGAAACUAGAGGAGCAGAACUUGUUGAGAUGAUCAGACUGGAGCUCUCGCUCAUCCGCAGCACAUCAGAUCCGUUCAGCAGAGCGUCGCGAUGAUGCUGCGCGUUUUAUUCGCUCUGAUUGUGUUCGCCGGCUCCGUUCAGGCGGAUAAACGCGCGGCGGAGAUGAAGACGAGCCUGAUGCAGUCCCCAUCCUCAUCCUCAGCGCUGGAGCUGAACGCCUCCGCAGCGCGUCGCGGCGAUGAUGAAGAAGAUGAUGGAGCUGAAGACGCGCGCGCGCCGAGAGUUCCGCGCGGCUCCAAACACAAGCAGCAGCGCGAGCGGAACGCGCACCGAACUCCGCGACCGCAUCCCGACCCCGACGCGUUCUUCACCACGCCGCGAGCGUUCAACGGCUCGCUGCGCGUCCAUAACCCGCUGUUCCCGCUCACGGAGGAGUCGUACCGCGCGUACGCCGUCAUGCUGCUCGCGCUCAUCGUGUUCUCCGUGGGCAUUGUGGGUAAUCUGGCGCUCAUGUGCAUCGUGUGGAACAACUAUUACCUGAAGAACACGUGGAACUGCGCGCUGGCCAGCCUGGCCUUCUGGGACUUCACGGUGCUGUUCUUCUGUCUGCCAGUGGUCAUCUUCAACGAGCUGACCAAGAGAAGACUGAUGGGAGAUCUGUCCUGCAGGAUAGUGCCAUACGUGGAGGUGACGUCUCUCAGCAUGACCACGUUCACUCUGUGUGCGCUCAGCAUUGACCGCUUUCAUGCGGUGACCAGCGUUCAGCCGCGGCCGCAGCAGGUGGAGUCCUGUCAGUCCAUCCUGGCCAAGCUGUCGGUGAUCUGGGUGGGAUCUCUGGUUCUGGCCUCUCCGGAGCUGCUGAUGUGGCGUCUGGAGCAGGAGGUGUCUCCGCGCACGGGUCUGCCGGUGGACUCAUGCGGUCAGCAGCCGUCCGUGACGCUGCCGGAGACCCUGUACUCGCUGGUGCUGACGUACCAUCAGGCCAGAAUGUGGUGGACCUUCGGAUGUUUCUUUUGCUUGCCGCUGCUGUUCACUGGUGCGUGUCAGUUGCUCACACGGCACAUUGCGGAAGAGAAUGCCAAGAGCAUUCGUCCAUCGUCUUCGUUGUCUUCCGCAUCUUCGUCUCCGAAGAAGCUGCGGCGAGAGCGUCAGCUGACCCAUACUGUGGUGGCGCUGGCGUCUGUUUAUGCCGUCUGCAGUUUGCCGGAAAACGUCUGGAACUUCGUUCUGGCUUACUCGGGCGUGGAGGUGGGCGUGGCCACGCGGGAUCUCCUCGCUCUGAUUGGCCAGUUCCUGUUGUUCGUGCGGGCGGGAGCGACGCCCAUUCUGUUGCUCUGCAUCUGUCGCUCUCUCGGCCAGGCGUUCAUGGACUGCUGCUGCUGCUGUUGCGAUGAGUGUCUUCUGGAUCCUAUGUCGUCGACGACAUCAUUGUCUUCGUCCACCAACGCUACGGCCGUCUCUACGUCCCUUUCCUCGCCCGUUUCCGUCCAGGAGGAGAAGCUGAAGAUCGUGUCUGGAACGUCGCCCACGGUGUUCUUCGAUAAAGUGAAGGAUGGUCCAGCUGAGCUGAUCAUCGGCACGCCAUGUUGAUCUCGGAACAUCUGCAUCAGUGUCCAUUAAAACUGUGAACGAAUCCAUCGUUAACACUCUUAAAGGGACAGUUCACACAAAAAUUAUAAUUCUGUUGCCAUUUAAAUGUUCCAAACCAGAACACAAUUUUUUUUAAAUAAAUUAUCGCAAUACUUUAUUAAAUUAAAAAUAUUAUAAAAUAAAAAUUAUAUAAACCACAGAAUUAUCAUGCCGUCACUCACCGCUGGAUGAGGAGAGUUAAACGCAGAAACGCAAUUUCCUGUUCCUUUGUCUACAUCCAAACACAAUCUUGUUUUCUCUUGAUCAUGUUUAGUGGUCUAAAAUUCUCGAUUAGUUGCUGUAUUUCAGUCUGUAAGUCUGUUUUCUUUAUAGAUCCAUCACUUCUACACAACAGAAAUACAAAUUGUGAACUUUAUUGUAUCUCAGUGGAAUUAAUAACUAAUAUUUUGUUUAUCCAUAAACAUUGUACUGCUGGAUGGACAGUUGCGGCAAACUUGAAAACGGCAUAUUUUUAUGCACUUAAUUAACUUCUAUCUUUAAAUUGUCAGGGGUUAAAAAUGAAAGUACGGUUCGGAAAAGUGGAAAUCGUUUUUUCAGAUCAACCUUUAUGAGUUUUAAAGAAGAAAUAUGUUUUAUUGAGUUUGUCUCACAUAUCAAAGACUGUCUGAGUCGCUGCUGGAAUUAAACGACUUGUGCCCUUUCACAAACUCUCAGCAGAGACAAACGACUCUACGAACUAUGAGGAAAUUCUGAAAAAACUUUGCAACUUUAACACAUUAGAUAGUAAUGAUUAUAAUAGCAAAGUGAACCGAUGUAGAUUGUUAGGAUCAAAUAUUUUGUAUUUCUUUUAUUUUGUACUCUGUUGCAGCCAAUAAAAGUUUCAAAGAGUCUGAA